AGGAUACGUCCUCAGAUGGCCAAAGAGAAGAUUGAAGGUUGCCACGUGUGUACAUUGGUCACACCCGGAGAGCCGCAAGUCCUCCUGGGCAAAGACAAGGCCUUCACCUAUGACUUUGUUUUCGACAUCAACUCAGAACAGCAGAGCAUCUACCAAGCAUGCGUGCACAAGCUCAUAGAGGGCUGCUUUGAGGGCUAUAAUGCCACCGUGUUUGCUUACGGCCAGACUGGCUCCGGGAAGACGUACACCAUGGGGACCGGUUUCGAUGUGAGUCUGGCCCUGCCGGAGCAGGGCAUUAUCCCACGAGCUGUUCACCAGCUCUUUGAAGGGAUCCAGAGCAGGAAGGAGCAAGCUAAAGAAGCCGGCACCCAGCCCCCCGAAUUUAAAGUCAGCGCGCAGUUUCUUGAGCUUUACAAUGAAGAGAUCCUGGACUUGUUUGAUGGCGCGAGAGAUCCAGAGUGUCGGAGCCGGAAGUCCAACAUCAAAAUCCACGAGGAUGCGAGUGGCAGCAUCUACACCACCGGGGUCACUUCCAGACUUGUCCAGUCAGAGGAGGAGCUGCUGCAGUGUCUGAAACUGGGCGCGCUGUCCCGCACCACUGCCAGCACGCAGAUGAACGCUCAAAGCUCCCGCUCACACGCCAUCUUCACCAUCCACCUCUGUCAGAUGAGAGUCUGCCAACAACCGUUACAAUUGCCAAAUGGAGACGGGGAGACUGAGGAAUUAAAUGGUGUGGAACCCCGUGCCAUCGAGCAGCCAGAGUAUGAAGCACUGAUGGCUAAGUUCCACUUUGUGGACCUGGCUGGUUCUGAGAGGCUCAAACGCACCGGCGCCACUGGAGAGCGAGCCCGUGAGGGAAUCUCCAUUAACUGUGGACUGUUGGCCCUGGGAAAUGUCAUCAGUGCUUUAGGAGACCAGACCAAGAAAGGGGGCCACGUCCCCUACAGAGACUCCAAACUCACUCGCCUGCUACAGGACUCACUCGGAGGCAACAGUCGCACGGUGAUGAUCGCCUGUGUGAGUCCCUCUGACCGUGACUUCAUGGAGACACUUAACACGCUCAAGUAUGCCAACCGAGCGCGCAACAUCAAGAACAAGGUGGUGGUGAACCAAGACAAGACCAGCCAGCAAAUCAGCGCCCUGCGUGCCGAGAUCGCCCGCCUCCAGAUGGAGCUGAUGGAGUACAAGGCGGGGAAGCGCGUGGCAUGUGAGGACGGUUCGGAGGGUUACAGUGACCUGUACCAGGAGAACGCCCUGCUCCAAAGAGAGAAUGACACUCUGCGCCUCCGGGUGAAAGCCAUGCAGGAGACCAUUGACCACCUGAACACCCGAGUCACACAUCUGUUGGCCAACGAGGUCAGCGUGCUGCUCUCCAAGUCAAGUGAGGGCAACCAGGAGAUUGGGGCUCUAAUUCAGAACUACAUCAGGGAAGUUGAAGAACUCAGAUCCAAGCUGCUGGAGAGCGAGGCCAUGAACGAAUCAUUGCGACGUCAAGCUGCUCGGCUCCCCUCUCGCGCAGCACCAUUCACUUCUUCCUGCCUGAGCCCCGCCCCCGGACACCCACCCGGCUCGUCCCCGGCGGCCAUGUCCAUGGAGGCCGAGAUGACGGACGUGUUGCGCAGAGCCAAGCUGGACAUCGAGAGGCUGAAGAAGAAGGAGAGAAGGCAGAGGAGGAUGAGUCCAGAGUUGGAGAAAGGUUUGAAAAAACGUGUGAAGUUGCACAACCACGAGAAUGGCGACAACGUGCAAAAUGGACAAAACGGACUGAACGGAGAGGUUGAUUCGGAUGACAAUCACGCCGAGGACAUCAUGUCUACGUUGCAGGAAGAAAGUGGUUGCGACGAGGAGGAGGAGGAGGAGGAAGAGGGAAGGGAGGAAGAUGACGAGUUUGACAGCGAUGAGAGCCUGGUGGACUCAGAUUCCGAUUCUGAUGAGAAAGCCAACUUCCAGGCCGACCUCGCCGAUCUGACCUGCGAGAUCGAGAUCAAGCAGAAGUUGAUCGACGAACUGGAGAAUAGCCAGCGGAGGUUGCUGAUGCUGAAGCUCCAGUAUGAGGAGAAGCUCAUUCUGCUGCAGAACAAGAUCCGAGACACCCAGCUGGAAAGGGACCGUGUGCUUCAGAACCUCAUGUCCAUGGAGAACUACACGGAGGAGAAGGCUAACCGCAUCAAGCAGGAUUACGAGAAACGUCUGAAGGAGAUGAACCGGGACCUUUUGAAGCUCCAAGCUGCACAGAAGGAACACGGGCGUCUUCUUAAAAACCAGGGCAGGUACGAACGGGAGCUGAAGAAACUCCAAGCGGAGGUCAAUGAGAUGAAGAAAGCGAAGGUGGCAGUGAUGAAGCAGAUGAAGGAGGAGCAGCAGAGGAGGAGGCUGGUGGAGGCCAAGAGGAACCGUGAGAUUGCCCAGCUCAAGAAGGAGCAGAGAAGACAAGAGUUUCAAAUCCGGGCGUUGGAGUCCCAGAAGCGACAACAGGAGCUGGUCCUGCGCAGGAAAACCCAAGAGGUGACCGCCCUACGCAGGCUGGCCAAGCCCAUGUCAGACCGUGUAGCUGGACGCGUGGCCCGUUGGAACCAGACCGCCCCAAUUAGUGACUCUGGCGCAGAGUUGUCCGCCAGCACAACGGCAAGCAGCUCUGAACCUGAGAGCGGGAAGACUGUGAGUGGAUUAGUACGGCAGUGGAACAACAAAAACAAUGGGUAUGGAUACCUGGGAGAGAGUGAGGGGAGCAUGGAUGGAACGCGGGUCGUCGGCAGCAGGAAGAAGCUGCAGCGUAAGCCGGCCGUUGUCGGCACCACGGCGACAGCGGGCCGAGCCGCAACCUUCUCCAAGUCGGCCCGUCAGAAGUGGCAAACUCUCGAACGUCGUAUUAUGGACAUCGUCAUGCAGAGAAUGACCAUUGCCAACGUCGAAGCUGACAUGGAUCGACUCAUCAAGAAACGAGAGGAGCUGACGGCCCAGCAGGAGGCGCUCUCACAUAAGAGAGUGGUACUAAUGGCGGAUGGGGAGGGUCCAGAAGCGGAGGACCGACUGCUGUUGGAGAUUAGUGAGGAUAUCGAGGUUCUGAACGCUAACAUCGAUUACAUCAACGACAGUCUGUCCGACUGCCAGGCCACAAUUGUGCAGAUAGAGGAGACCAAGGAUGAGUUGGACUCAGUGGAUACCUCCGUGGUUAUCAGCUCGUGUUCUCUGGCUGAAGCACGCCACCUGCUGGACCAUUUUCUCAAGGCCUCCAUUGACAAGAGCUUACAGGUGGCACAGAAGGAAGCUCAGAUCAGACUACUGGAGGGUCAGCUGAGACAGACCGAUGUGAUUGGUUCAUCCCACAAUCACAUGAUCCUCGAUGCUCUGCGGGAAAAGGCCGAAUGCAUCCCCGAACUGCAGGCUCUCCUCCACAACGUACAGCAGGAGAACGGUUACGCCAGCACAGAUGAGGAGCCUUCUGAGUUCAGUCAAGCGUCAGACAACAGCGUCUCUCUAAUGAAAGAAUCCAACAGCCAAGAUGACUUCAAAAUAAAGGUGGAACCUCGUCUGUCAGCUCAGAUGAAGGCGGUGUCGGCCGAGUAUCUGGGUCCCGCCCUGGAGCAUUCUUCAGGCUGCAAGCAGCAGCAAAUCACCAAGUCCCUGGCCUCGCUCACCGACAUCCAGGAGGACGGUCUGAGCACGGUCAAGGCGAGCCUGGGCCUUGGUCUUAGUCUCUCUCUGCGUGACUACUACCACAGAGAGCGGACGUCACGCACCAUCAGCUUGCCUGUCAGAGGGCACACCUUUCCCAGACAGUCGCGAGGCUAUGACACCUCUCCCAUCACCAGAAGGAAAUCUUACGACCGUUCAUACAGGCCUACUGAUGGCUACACACCCCCUUCCUCCCCUCCCCUGAGGACCAGGAAUGACCGCAACGUGUUCUCGAGGCUCACCAGCAACCAAAGUCAAGGUUCUGCUCUGGACAAGUCAGAUGACAGCGACUCCUCGCUCUCCGAGGUGCUCAGGGGCGUUAUCAAUCCUAUCGGCGGUGUGAAAGGGGGUCGGACAGCCCCCCUGCAAUGUAUGUCUGUAGCCGAGGGCCACUCCAAGCCAGUCCUGUGCGUGGACGCCACAGAUGAGCUGCUGUUCACCGGAUCCAAAGAUCGUACUUGUAAGAUGUGGAACCUAGUGACAGGUCAAGAGAUCGCCACGCUCAAAGGCCAUCCCAACAACGUGGUGUCGGUCAAAUACUGCCCCUCCUCGGGUCUGGUCUUCUCAGUCUCGACGUCUUAUAUCAAGGUGUGGGACAUACGAGAUUCGACUAAAUGCGUCCGCACCCUCACUUCAUCCGGACAAGUAGUGUCAGGCGACGCGUGCGCCGGCGCCACCACCCGCACAAUAACAUUUGCACACGGCGAAUGUCAGAUCAACCAGAUUGCACUCAACCCAUCAGGAUCUGUUUUGUAUGCCGCGACUGGAAACACCGUUCGCAUCUGGGAUCUCAACAGGAUGCAAGCUAUGGGCAAGCUGACAGGCCACAUUGGCUCUGUGAUGUGUUUGACGGUGGGACAGUCUCUGCUGGGCAAAGACCAAGUCAUCACUGGCUCGAAAGAUCAUUAUGUGAAGGUAUUUGAUGUGGCAGAGGGGACGGCGGGUAACGUUGGCCCAGCUCAUAACUUUGAGCCACCCCAUUAUGACGGCAUCGAGUGUUUGGCUGUGCAGGGAGACGUGCUGUUUAGUGGAUCGAGAGACAACGGAAUCAAAAAAUGGGAUUUGGAGCAGCAGGAGCUCAGCCAGCAAAUCCCCAUCGCCCACAAAGAUUGGGUGUGCGCCCUGGCUUACGUCCCGGGGAGGCCGUUGCUGCUCAGUGGCUGUCGGGGCGGCAUGCUGAAGGUGUGGAACGUCGACAACUUCACUCCCAUCGGAGAAGUCAAAGGACACGACAGCCCUAUUAAUGCCAUCUGUACCAACUCCAGGCAGAUUUUCACUGCGUCCAGUGAUUGCAGGGUGAAAUUAUGGAACUAUGUGCCUGGUUUGACCCCGUGUCUUCCUCGCCGGGUCCUCGCCAUCAAGGGCCGAGCCACCAGCCUCCCAUGAUAAACACCUUCCCUCCUCCGUCUGUGACAAGACGGUGAAGAUCUGGCUGUCAAAGGUGUGGAGGAAGAGGUGACAACGCAAGUGACGGACGGCGCUUGACCAUUUUUUUUCGUGUGGCUCUCACUCCCACCACCAAGGCAACCCACUUUUAUUGGUCACUGUGAAAACUUUAACGUUGCCCUGAAAGGCAUAAUAAACCACUGUUCAUUUUAUUAUAAUUAUUAUUAUUAUUAUUUUUUUUUUUUUGCAUUUGAAACUUGAAAGUGCCAUUUGUCAUGAUGCCACUCAGACAAUGCAAAUGCAUCUCGCAGACGCAAUUGCCCGCACCUUUUUUCUCAUCAUAACAAAAUGGCGAGUGCCGUGCUGUUUCCCCUCCUGUUUUGAGCGGGGGGGUGAAAAUCGAAACACAUAUGGAACAUUUGUGGAAAUACCUUCAGUUCCUCCAAAAAGGAUUUUUAUACUUUUAACAAUCAGUCAUUGGACAGUCAUCAUCAUUCGUAUCCCGCUGUUACACAACUAGCCCUCUCAAUUUUUGCCCCAGGUUUUUCCUCUUAAUUAUUAUAAUCACCCGAGUUUCUGUGGUGAUCAACAAGUCAUGUGUAAUUUUUAUUUUCCCUACCUCAUUUGUUUUGGACUGUGCUUUCCACGUGGGCGAGAACACCUUUUAUGGGUCUCUUUGCACAAAAAAAAAAAAAAAAAAAUCUGGUGCUGGAAAUGUCUGGCUCUUUAUGUCUGUAAACGUGUCCUCUGGUGGCUUAGCCUGUCUCGCUGCUGACCUUGCAAACAGGAAAGCACACGUCCAGUAGCACAAGCGAGGUGAUACUGCCCCUGGAGGAGCUCACUAGACUUCAUUAUCUUGGGCGAGAAGUCCUGACGACGGCAGAAAAAUGAAAAUAAAACACCCGCAGCAGACUUCAGUGCUUUCAUUAAAGGGCGAGAUUGGUCUUACCCAAUACAGUACUGACUUGAGGGCCCUGACAUGCAAGCCCCCCCCCACCCUCCACACCCCAUACGUAAAGUGUACAACAAUCCCUCUCAGUCUGUUGACAUCGUCGAGAAUAUCCAGUCAUCGGCUUAUUUCCGAUCAUGCUAAUCAAGCUAACGCACACGGAUCAUAAAGUUACAGUCAGACUACUGCAGCAUGUUAAAUGCGCACAUCUGGACUGCGAUGAUCCGGGCGUGCUCCUCGGCGGACUCGCAAGUCAAUUACAGUGGGACCUCUUCGGUUGAGCUCAAUGCGUUACUGAUUUCUGUUCAUGUGUACAACCAAACGUUCAUCGUCACUUUAAAGCACUUUAACUUGAAUGACGAAGGCGCCUCAUUCUUCACCCUCGUUUGCUGCGUCAUGGUGGAGUCUUACUUCAGUGGAUGCGUGUUUACUUAACAUCAUAUGGUUCUUAUUUUAAUUCAUUUCUAGCAAUCAUGAACUUCGAUGUGAAGCUCAAUUUACACUGAGUGGUAUGCUUGCAACUUUAACGGCGAACCAGUUUUUCCCAAAACCCUGACAGACUUACUCAGUCCCUCGCCUUUACUAUAUAGGAGUAAGUGUUAAAAAAAAGCCAAAGAAAAGUAAAAUUUGAGCCACUAGUCUUUUCAUUCUUGUGUGAUGUGUUUACGUUUUUGCCUGGUGUGAUUUCAUGUUGUUGAGCCUCUCUUUGCAAUUUGAGUGUCACUCAAACAAAAAGCCAAAGAAAAAGCGAAACCCGUAUCCAGAAUUAUUCCCUUGGCGCCUUCGGAGCCAACAUCGUGUAUGAUUUUUCUGACGUCUUGUGUGACAUUGCAUAAGAAGCUGCAUAGAACUAUUGUGUGACUUUCGAGGCAUAUUUUUUUUUUUCCCCAAAAUAUAUUUUGCUUUCGUGUAUUCCGAAUUAGGGCAUUCAAUUGCUGAGGUUCCACUGUACUUGAUGCCGUUCAUCCAGGGAUAGAAUGACCACUUUGGCAAACAAGUAUUUCACUCGCCGCAUGUGCAAAGUGGAGAACGUCACGUUGUCCAAAUCGCUGUUCGUCCAAUAGCUUGUUUACAUGUUAACUUGACCAACCAGGAGGCGAAAGGAGUUCCUACGACAGCAGAGCUUGAAAAUCAGUUCCUCCAAGUCAUUGAGCUUCCUCUCCCGCGUUCGUGAAUCUUGCUAGUCCUCACACUGAAGGCUCCCCCACGCCCACCCCCACAUCCCCCGUUUUCCCAGCUAGCUCAAGUCUGUGUGAAGCCAAUUUAAUUAGUGCUCUCACAUUUCUCCCGCCUGCUCUGCGGAAGAGACUUUCUGGUGGAAAGCAGGUCACAACUGAGAGGGAUUUUGAAAUCCUCUUUCCAUCCUUCUGCCGCUCCAUUAAACGGCAGGAAGACAUUUCUUAUCCAAGCAAAUGGGCACAGACUGCAGACAUCAUUUCCACUGGAUUUUCUCUUUUUUGUUGAUCCUUGCGUGUAUGUUCAAAUGUGGUUUUUUUUUCCCUACCUUGUCAUCCAAAUCCCCCAAAUUUGGACAUGAUGCUUUUGCUUCAGGCAAGCAAAAUAAGCCAAAUUCACCCCCUCAACCUCAUGUGCCCUGUACAUGAGAGAAGUCCUUUCAAAUGAUGCAAGGAUGUGGAAUAGGCGAUGCCUGUGUUACACUGAAUUUCUGCAGUACUUGCUGCUACCACACACUCCAAAAGCAAUGACGCUGUAAUUCUUGUUUUUAUGAAUGCAAAUAUGUGGCGCGACGUGGCCGACCGGGGGUGUUCUUGGUUUCUUUAUUUUUGCUAUGAUGAGCAAACUCAGGUACAGGAUGAAGGAUCAUUUUAGUUUGUAGUGAACUCAUCCCUUGACGUGAUUUUUAUUUUAUUUUUUUUUUGGGUCACAUUUUUCAAAUGCCUUGUUUUUUGAAAAAGAAAUUCAUGUCUUACCCUAUUCGUACCACUUCUACAUUUUUUAUUUUAUUUUUUUAUCGAUACAAUUUUCUGUAUAUAGUCUUACUCAGCUGUAAAAAUUUUAAGGAGGUUUUGAAAAUGUGGCCAAAGUAUGUCAAUGUUGGGGAGAAAAAAAAAGGUACCGGUAUUUGUAUAGGAUUCUUGCUUGCGGCGUUGGUGCGGGUGGUACUCUCGUUUGAAUUUAUUUCAAUGCAAGGUUACACCAAUGGACCCUUUUACUGUAUUUGAGUCUGUGCCAAUCAGCCAAACAAACCCAGUUGCCACCUUUCAUGUUUCUCGGUCAUACCUGGUGAGGAUAGCAUCUCACUGCGAGUGCCCCCACCCCCUGCCCCCCACCUCAACAUGCAAUGUUCAUGUUCAUGGUACUGAGUGAAUGAUUGCACGUCUGAGGAAAUGACAGUGUCUCCCAUUUGGAAUUAUCGGCCUCAGUGCUGAACACCUGCAUCCAUUUUUGCAUCCAAUUUUCCAAAGGAUCACCCUGCUUGUUGAAAUUUCACAGCUUUGACAAUGAAUUAGUUUUCCUUCCCAUCAAGAUAAUCUUUUAAUCUGGCUGCCAUUAUCGUCAAAGUUUGUCCCCAGCUCCAGGGAAAAGUCAGUCCAACGAGACGCUUUGUGAAUAGUCAUGUCAUGACUUACAUGUUAACAAGCUGACUUCAUUAUCGUGAGACUGUUCAUAUUCGGUCCGAUGACUCAGUAUUAGGGCCUCGAUGGUCAUGCGUAGAGAAUGAAGUCGUUUACGGCCAAAAGUCAUUUUGAUUACAUUUUUGCAAUUUUAAUAGAGUAAAACAAGAGAAGUGUCUGAAAAAUGAAGACUAUUGAGGAUCUUGUCAGCCUGGCAAACCAUUGUGACAAACUCAAAUAGUCUCGUUAAAUUAC